ACAAACCCACACAGAACCUCCUUCGUCUCCCCGUAGCACAUGCAACCAUAUCUUGAGCUAGCUUCUCCCACCAUCACCAUCCCUCUCUCGGCCGGGAAAUUAUAUCGCGCCGCGCCCGCGAACCUUCUUGUCACCUCGGAGUCGGAGGCCAUGGCUUCCUCCAUGGCCUAUAUAGCUGCCUGCGCCGCGGCAUUGGCGACCCUCGUCGUCGCUCUGCUCCGCUGGGCGUACCGGUGGAGCCACCCCAAGUGCAGGGGCAGGCUGCCGCCGGGCUCCAUGGGCGUCCCUCUCCUGGGCGAGACGAUGCAGUUCUUCGCGCCCAACCCGAGCUGCGAUGUCUCACCCUUCGUGAAGGAGAGGGUGAGGCGGUACGGGAGCAUCUUCAAGACGAGCGUCGUGGGGCGGCAGGUGGUGGUGUCGGCGGACCCGGACAUGAACUACUUCGUGUUCCAGCAGGAAGGGAAGCUGUUCGAGAGCUGGUACCCGGACACCUUCACCGAGAUCUUCGGCCGCGACAACGUCGGCUCCCUGCACGGAUUCAUGUACAAGUACCUCAAGACCCUGGUGCUCCGCCUCUACGGCCAGGAGAACCUCAAGGCGGUGCUCCUCGCCGAGACGGACGCCGCCUGCCGCCGCAGCCUCGCGUCGUGGGCGGCGCAGCCCAGCGUCGAGCUCAAGGAAGGCCUCUCCACAAUGAUAUUUGAUCUUACCGCCAAGAAGCUGAUCGGCUACGAGCCGUCCAAGUCGUCCGAGAGCCUGAGGAAGAACUUCGUGGCGUUCAUCCGCGGCCUGAUUUCUUUCCCCGUCAACAUCCCCGGCACGGCCUACCAUGAAUGCAUGGAGGGGCGGAAGAAGGCGAUGAAGGUGCUCAGGGGCAUGAUGAAGGAGCGGAUGGCGGAUCCCGAGCGGCGGUGCGAUGACUUCUUCGACCACGUGAUCCAGGAACUUCGGAGGGAGAAGCCGCUGCUGACGGAGACCAUCGCUCUGGACCUCAUGUUCGUGCUCCUCUUCGCCAGCUUCGAGACCACGGCGCUGGCGCUCACCCUCGGCGUCAAGCUCCUCACCGAGAACCCCAAGGUCGUCGACGCGUUGAGGGAGGAACACGACGCGAUCGCCAAGAACAGGAAGGACCCGGAUGCCCCCGUCACGUGGGCCGAGUACAGAUCGAUGACCUUCACCAAUCAGGUCAUCAUGGAGAUGGUGAGGCUUGCGAACAUCGUGCCGGGUAUAUUUCGAAAGGCCCUACAAGAUGUUGAGAUUAAAGGCUAUACGAUUCCGGCAGGAUGGGGUGUCAUGGUGUGCCCACCGGCAGUGCACUUAAACCCUGACAUCUAUGAAGAUCCGUUGGCGUUCAACCCAUGGAGGUGGCAGGGCAAACCUGAAAUCACCGGUGGAACGAAACAUUUCAUGGCGUUUGGAGGUGGCCUCAGGUUUUGCGUUGGGACUGAUCUGAGCAGGGUCUUGAUGGCAACAUUCAUCCACACCUUGGUUACAAAAUACAGUUGGAGGACGGUAAAAGGAGGGAACAUAGUCCGGACCCCCGGUCUCAGCUUUCCUGAUGGCUUCCACAUCCAGCUUUUUCCUAGAAAUUGAAAUUGGCCCUUUUUUAAACCUCUGACAAGGUUGUGCAUGUAAUUAAAGCGGGGGGUUUAUUUAUUUUUUGAAACGAAAAAGAGGGGGUGAGGUAGGUCUCUUAGGGGCAACAGUAAAGGAUUGGAAAAUCAUAUACUUAGUCUAGCGUAGUAGUGUUAGGAUAGACAUCACUAGUUACAAGUUCAGUCAUAUUACUGGGUACUACCUCUAAUCUUUGGAAGGGGUUUUUGUACUUGGUUUGUUUGUUUUCCAUGUGGUUAGUAAUCUACCCAUGUGUUGUAUGUAUAUCUGAUUAUACAUGUCUAAUGAAAGAAGAAUACAGGAGCUAUGCGUAAAGAUGUUUGUGGAGCCAUACGAAGCUCCAUUUUGUCUCCAGCUCGUCUCCAGGCGCAUAGCAUCCCCAGCUUGUUCAGAUAUGGUAGAGUUAAUGACUGAAAAUAGCCUAGUAUUUAGGUCAGAAUCAGCGGUUACUGUUCAAAUAUAUUAUGUCCCUGGGCAGAGGAAACUGUGGGGAUUUUUUUUUACGAAGGGGAAACACUGAAAUCGCCUCAGCUAA